AUCCAACCUACCCACAACAACGACAAACAUCCUCCUCAUCACAGCGACACCCUCACACCAACUCUCGAGUCAUGCAUCUUCGUCAGUCUGUAAGCUCAUAGCAAUAGCUGCUCAGUCUCCACAUCCUGGUCCACAACAAUCUCGGCGGGUUGGAUUCUCGACGCGGACCUUUGUUUUGUUGUUGUCAUAUCCGGUUACAACGGUCGAUCGAGACAUCGAGAGCAGCCGUAGUCUGACAACAAACGACGUUUGACUCGACUUGGCGGCACAAUAACAAACAGACGACCCUUCGACGCCCACCUGGCAGCAUCACCACGAUCGUCAGCUGCACCACACCACAACACAACACACUAGCAUACUACACUCAUUUAUAAAUACGCCCACACGGCCAUCACACAGAACAAUACAAUGCCGGCCGCUACGAAUUCAAAGACACGGACGCAGACGCUCCACCCGAAUGCGGAUGAAGGGAGUGGCAAUGGGGUUGGGAUUGGAAAGCGAGAAGGGUUGAGGACGAUCACGAGAAAGAUCUCGAGUGAAGAGAACAUCACCGCACGUCGACCUCAGAGCUCCCGAUCGAGGUCCAACUCGCACCAUAAUCGUGCCACCAAGCCGGGUCAAGCUCCGGUUGAGGGAGCACAAGUACAUGCCGUUCACCCGGUCCCGCCUCUGCCGAGUCAGCAUCAACAAUACCACAAUCAGCAACAACAGGGGUUGAAGGGAAAGAAUUCGGUCGGACAACUUCGAGCUCAGUCUCAAGGCCAAUCUCAACCACAAGCAGCAACAAAUCAACAGGGUCAACAGGGUAAAAAAGGUCUGCGGAACGCUCGAUCGCACGGUGCCCUGAAUCAACAGAGUCAGAAGGCUUCAUGGCGCGCUCAACCUCAAGCUGUCCCCGUACCGCCCUUGCCGGCUUUCUUGACCGGCAAGCAAGGCGCUGGGGACGAACAGUCGAAGUCAAAGUCGAAGCCUGAGCUGGAGUCGCAGUCGAACCCUAUCGCAAAUGCCGCUGCCAACGCGCACGAGAAUGGCGAAGGGAGGAAGAAGAGAUACCCCCAAGGCCUUCGUCGAGACCCCAAGACGGCGUUACCCUCCGAUGGCCUUGCGGGCAUGGGUGUAGGGCUGGGGCUGAGGACGGAUUCGGGGAGCAACCUGUUCAUGACCGAUCAGAGCGGUGGGGUCGGGGUCGUCUUGAGGAAAAAAAUCGGCCUCGGACGGGUCGAGGCUGGGGAGGAACAGGUGGAACGAGAACAGCCGAGAUCAGCGCCCGUCCACGAGCAGGAACACGCGGGACCUGGGCCCGGAUUGGAGAGCCUGGAGAAUUUGUUAUAUCAGGCAGGAUACAAGGAAACGAGGGUGUUUACCCCCGAACGCCCGGUCCCUGCGCGGGCGAGCCAGGUACAAGGACAAGUUGGACUUGAAGUUGGGAAGGAAGAGGGCGGAAAGAGGUUGAGGUUGGACGUAGGGCUCUUGAAUCGAAGGGUCCAGCAGCAACAGCAACAACAAACUCAGCAACUGGUGGUAGCCAUUCCCCUGCCGGGACCUGCGGCGGAUGGACCCAGUUCGGCUCCGAUCAUGACCCAACAACAACAGAGGCUACGACAGGCGCCUAGUCGGUCCGGAUUGAGAAAGGAGAUCAAGGUGGUCGAGAAGAGGAUCUGUUCGGCUCCGGCUUUCGUACCCACUUUGAGCGCAAGGGGAGGACCAUCGUCGUCGACAGCAGACGUUGCCACGACAUCAACUGCCGAGCGACCUAGUCCUGUCGUCCAAGCGAUAGAACAGAUCAUCGAGUCUGUCCGGGCUACCCCACCAGAACACGCUCUCCAGCGAAGUAAAGCCCAAGCUCUUCAAGGGAUGGAUUGGGCCGACAUCGAGGAUAGUCUGGAAGAGGCUUCACCUGGACCUGCUUCGGGCUCCAGGAACGGCAUGAUGACUUCGAACGAGCACAAGGUGCAGGAUACGCCCAGUCCGGCGAUGAGGUACAAGGCUACGAGGCUGCCAGCUGCUAGUCCGGCGCAGGGAGAUCUCUUCGCGAGCCCAUCAGAGGUGUCAGAGGCGGCCAAUGCGACGGCCAAUACGACGCCGGUCAGCGUGGAAGAACUGUUCGGACGGAGAGAGGACGGGACCCUUUUCUACCCGCCGAUCGCGCCUAGGGCAAGAGGUUACCCCGGUCAACCGGGAGCGAGGAACGAGGUACCGGUGUACGCUCCGAUAUCGGCGUAUCCUUUGACGGCGGUCCACCCUCAGCUAUCUUCAGGUUCGCUGGCACACGGUCAACCUUUCCCUAACCCUCACCUGCAUCAGUAUCAAUACCGACCGCCAGUCAUGCCCGUUGCGCCUCUGGACCCCCUACCGCCUAUGGACAUGGAUGUACUGACCUUGCGCAGAAUGCGCAGCGAGGCGGACAUCAAGAUCCGCGAGGUGGAACGACGGGCCGAGGCGGAAGAGAUGGGUCGAGGGUGGAAAGAGUCGGUGGCGCCUGUGCCUGCGCUCGCUAGUCCGAAUCGUCAUGACGGUGCGAUGAGCGAACUUUCCGCCAGCGGGACAGAGCGAAAACGCAAGGUACUCAACCGAGUCGAGCUCGAGUUCAGGAGUGUCGAUAUCGACAGCCUCAGCGAUCUGAGCUCCGAGAUCGACGAAGACGAAACCAACAUUGACGUCGUCAUCCGGGAAGAAGAAGCUCAGGGUGUCAUCUUUGGCCACCCGGUCAUGGCUCAAGCGGCCGAUGGACUGUCGGGCCCGGCGAGUUCGCGUCAUUCAUCCGACUUGGAAGAGCGCUUCGAUCCCGCCGCUUAUGAAAAUGGGGAGGACGUCGAGAUGGUGGAUAUUGACAGCGUGUACUCGUCCGACGACGGAGUAUAUCACCAGGAAUACGCUGUACCUACCCUUUCCAAGGAGGUGGAAGCGAUUGAGACCGAACAGGACUUCAUCAGCUCUAGCUAUGAGUCGGUAGCCGAGAUCGAAGCCGAUUUUGCUGCCACGGAACCGUCGGCUAGCUCCUCGGAUGCCUUUGCAGAUGCAGAGGUCACCGUAUCCACCCCCAAAUCCAGCAAAAUUGCGAGCGUCUCUACUAGCCCUCGAGGAUCGCCUCUUGCCGACGUCGGUUCUCCGGCCUCAUUUGCAUCUCACAGCAGCCGAGACUCGGUUGUCCGCGCACGUGGACUUCGUCACGCCAUGUCGACACCGCUCUUCAACAUGGUUUCGACUCUGGACGGCGAGCCUACACGCUUGAGCAAGGCUAAUGUGCAGAAAUUCACCGCUGUCGGUCUCGGUAAACCCUCUGCGCCGCUUCUUCCUGGCCAGGACAGCUGGCUCGGCAAGAUCAGUCAGCGAAUGUGGAGCGCCGGGACGAGCGUGAUGAGCAAUACGAGCCGAGAUGAUCAUUCCGGGCCUACCAGAAGUGCUCAGCGUCCCUUGAUGCCCCGCGCGAUGACCGCAUUGGCAACCGCACAACGACUACCAGCAUCGCCGAAGGUCGUUCGAGCUGGUGCCAUUGUGUGCGAUUCGAUGGAGAGCGAAGACAUGCCGCCUGUACCAGUCAGCAGGGCCGAUCUCGCGGCUGGCCUUCCUUUCCGUGCGCUGCGUACCAAACUUAGUCUGCAGAUGAUGGGCAAGGUCGGACAGGGAAUGGAUCUCGAGCAGGAGACCGCCGCGAGCUCCUCGAAAACACCCACUUUGACGCCACGACCGGACUGGCACGACCGAGACGCCAAGUGGGCGAACAGGCCGCGCCCGCCGGCCACGCCGACCACACCAGCAAAACAGACUUACCAGUGGACGACCAACAUUGACGAGGUCGAAGGCAUGGACGACGCCGAGCCCGACUUCAGUCAAUCCUUCUUCUACAAACCCGCGACACCACCUAGACGACCAGGUCAGAGCGGUCAAACCUCGUCGUCGAAUCCCCGCGAACCUAAGCGCCAGGAAUCGAUCAAGUCGCUCCGCGCUCUCUUACUUAAGGGCGUCAUGGCGGCCAAGUCGGCCAAGGACAACAUCCCACCGGUACCAUCGAUCCCAUCAGCCUACCGAAGCUUACCGAAAAAGGUACCAGCUGGGCCGCCUCCUCCUGUAUUUGCCAUCUCCAGUCCUGGAGCGGUCGAGGCCGGUCUACCACCUCGAGAGCUUGUUCUCGAGGGCGAGGAAUGGGAAGGUGGAUCUUACGAGAGCCGGAAGGAGCAGGAGAAGAAGCUGAAAAAGCUAAAGAGGAAGACCUCCCUGCGACGAAAUUUCUAAGCAUUGCGCCUUUUCUACUACACCAUAUACCACUGUUCCCGUAUGAUCUCGUUACACUUUUAGUGCCUCCCGGCAAAUUAGCAUUUAGCAUCAUUUUGACCUCUAGUCUCCUGCAAUGGCCUGGAACGACAGAACUAUUUGUAUUUCGACGUGUAUCUUGUUUGCAUAUAUUUACAUCUCAUGUCGCAUCGUA